UAAAUAAGUUUCUAAGUUGUUGAUGAAAAAUUUUCCCUCGAUUAUCCGAGUAAAUUAAUUGAAACUACAUCCGUGACAUUCAUAUCGUCGGCAUGAGGAAAAGAUAUGUGGUCACUCGCCUUGAAGAGAUAGCUUUCACGGCUUGUUAUCGUGAGAUUCUCAGUAAUUUACUACUUUGUUCCGAACAUCGGCCUGAAGACAGCCGUGGCAUGAAUUCGUAUUCAUCCCUGAUUUCCCUUAAUCCUUUUUUGACCAGCUCAAACGUUCGAUGCUUUGUCAGAAGUCGUCUUAAUCAUCAUCUUGUUGGAAUAAUGAAUGAUGAGAUAAGGAAAAGACUGGUCUGUGAAUUCAACAGAAACUUUUACGAUACUGACCAGAAAUCAGACAUUUGGGUGUUUUUAGACUGUGUUCUGGACAAUAGCUUUAUCGAACUUGAUACUCAUGUAGUUUUCCCAAAAACCGAGCCAAAUGAAAAGUUUGUUCAGACUAUUUGUAGUCAUUCUCCAAAUAUUGAAAAACUUAAAUUAAACUUCGAAAUGGUGGCAAAAUCAACAUCAAUAGAGAAAUUGAACCCUAUUGUGAUAUCCUUGAACACUUUGUCCAAUUUGACAGCUCUUUCACUUUAUUAUCUCAACAAGCAUCACAGGACAUUAUUAAACUGUAUAGGAAUGUCCUGCCCACGACUCCGUCAUCUUUGCAUUACCGGUUUUCGCUUUCUGAAAAAAGAUAUUCUUGCAUUAAUGUUCGGAGAAACAAUAUGUAGUUUUGCUGAUAAAGGGACCAUCCUCGAAGAAGAAAAUUACGUAAACAUAAAAAUAUCACCUGCUUAUCUUACUCCUUUUUGCUCCACCCUUCAACACUUACAGUUAGAAGAUAUUGAAGAAAAGAAAAAAUUUCAAAAAAGCCGUGAAUUCUCCAGACUUUCCCCAUCUUCCGUUGCCCUUCUCUUACGUAACUUUCCGGAUUUGCAAAGAAUAGAUUAUUUCAGUUCAUCGGUCAGCUCUGCUGUGAAACUUCUCUACCAAAUUCCAACAGAAAAUGAGGUCAGUGCAAGUAACCACGGACAGAUUAUAUACGAUGACGGUGAUGGAACUAAUUCUCGUACUCGUCUCCCAUGGGAAAUUGAUGUGCCAUUUUCUGGCCCCAUUGCCUUGACUAGCAUUGACUUUGUCAAUAUUUGUGACCAAAUGAUGAUGAAAGCUAUUGGCCGCAUGUGCCCUAAUUUAAUGGAAGUUACUUUCUCUCAGCUGUUGCACACUUGUCCUGUAACACCUGAUCAGCUUCGUUCAAUUUUAGUUACGGAUUUCCCUAAGGUCCAACUUGUAACUUUCAUCCAAGUGUCAACGGAUUACCGCAAAGCGAUUCUUACAGCCAUUGCCUCCCAGUUGAAACAGCUUACCUUUGUUUCUUGCGACCGCAUUGAUAUUACAGAUCUCCUUGCAUGCAAAGAGUUGGAGGUCCUUCGAAUUUUCUUGGCUUCAUCGCUGGGAUUGCCAACCGAAAAUCCAGAGGAAAGAUAUUCGCCUCCUGAAGCUUUCCUUCCUAAACUCAACCGUCUGGAAAGCGACAUUUGCCUUGAUGCGCGAUAUUCGCACUUGUUUGAAGAAAAAAGUUCGUUAUUACAUAUGGACCUCGAAUGCUGCCAUAUUGGUACCAAAGCGUCUAGCAUUGCGAACUGGUGCGAUAUGGCAAAGUACUGGCAACGCAUUCAUACCUUACGCAUUCGCCAAUGUACUGGCCUAACGAUGGCUGGAACCAAGAUACUCUCUCUUCAACUGCCGAAACUGAAAGAGCUGGGCCUCCCUAGUGGAAUGCUGAAUUCGAAAGAAGAAAGAGAGAAUUCUUAUGAUCUGAUGGAUUAUUUCAACAAAGGCUCUCUUAAGAUACGUCUCAAGUUUGAACGCAGCCAGUCCUCCACCCUUUGCCCAUAUCAGGCACAGAAUUUUCCUUACGAAACCUCUGACGAAGAAUUGAGCAGCGGAGAUUCAGAAGAAUCGAGCCAUGAUAAUGGAGCGAGUAACGGAUUAGGCUUCGGUGACGAAAGGGAAGCCCAUGGCGGUUGGAUGGAAGAUAUUGACGUAUUCCAUGAAGAUAUUGAUGAUUUUUUUGAUGAUUAUGAUGAUGAAGAUGUAGACGGUGGUUCGUUCGACGAUGAGGACGUUUGGCAGUUCCCUUACCAGGUUCCACACGGACAAAUGACAUACUAUCCAUACGCGUAUGGGUAUGCAACUCCCAUGCAAGGCCAGUGGAUGGGACAAGGCACUUGGAAUGGAAAUGGUUACCAAAUGCCUCCUGUUACUUCUACUGCAGGAAAUGCUUCUGUUCCUCCACCCUUGCCAAGCCUUCCACCACCUCUACCCCCUCCUCCUCCCCCUCCUGCAGUUACAGCUUCAUAUGAGCCACCCCCUCCAGGUUCUAUUAAAUUCACAAUUCCCUCUAAGGGCAAUAAAUUGCAGAAGCCAAAGCAAGAAAAUAAGUCACCAGGAAGUGCAGGAACCAUACAGGUUCCACAAUACCCUACUAACCCACAAGUGGCUGCUAGUGGUCAGCAGGAUAAUCGUAGUAAGUCUCCGGAGCGAGUCCUUGCGCAAUCUAAAAUUUCGAGCAAGUCUCCGGAGCGAGUCCUUGCGCAAUCUAAAAUUUCGCGAAUGGUGGACGACUGGCCUCCUAAUCUCCGUCAUUACAUUGAACGCUGUUAUACCAAAUGUAAAUCGUGUGUUGACCAAGAUUUGGUUGAAUUGAUUCUUAAGGGAAAAAUCUCUUCAGCUCAAAGAGACGGAAUAGUCUUUACUAAAGAUUGGGAUAACGAGCCCCUCCCAAAUUUGUCAAGGGUAGAAAUAAACGUGCCAACAAGCGGAGUUGCCUCUGGCAUGAAGGCAGGGACAUCGGGAUUUAGUGUGACUCCCACAAAAGCUGGAGUUACUGUUGGAGGCUCGCCAGCUGGAGGGGCUUCUGGAUUCAGGAUGAUCCCAAAUUCUGGACAGAAUGUCUCUCCUUUUAAAGCUACACCCAGUGGCGUAGAAAUUUCGGCCGUCAAAUCAGUUACAAGUGUUGCUCCAUCUUUAAAAAAUGGAAAACCAACCAAUUUGAGCAAUAGCUCCUAUAAGACAGGGGCUUCCAUUCUAGGAAUAUCUGCGUUGAAGGCAUCAGCUGGCAAUAAACAAAAUCAAAUCUCAUUUCAGCUGAAAGGACAACGGAAAGCACUUUACGGUGCUGCCCUGAGAAAAUCCUCAUCGUCGUCAUCGUCAUCAUCUUCUUCUCGAUCACGAUCUCGAUCUCCAAUUCGUUCACCGGCUAGUAGAAGACGUUCGAGCAGUCGUUCCACAUCGCGGUCUCGAAGCCGUUCCCCCUCCCAUUCACGAUCGUCUCCCUUUAGUCGCUCAUCACCAACCCCAUUCAAAAAGCUCACAAAAUCCCAACAAAAGAAACAGAAGAGAAAAAACCAAAAAAAGUUAGUGGGUGCUACAGGGAAAGUAGGUGCAGUUUUGGGGUCUGGGAACCGAACCGUCUUGGGAGCCAAUUGGAGUUCUCCAGACAAACUGCGUAAGCGUCAGGCUCGCUUUCACGUCCCCAAGAAUAUAAGGCUUUCGACGUUGGCGGAUAGCAGUCUGUACAGGGAAGACGUCACUGGGGAAGAAGAUUGGUCAAAUUUACUUAUUGUUGGUACGUGUUGCGAAGUUGAGAAGCCAUUUUUUAGGUUGACUGCUGCUCCUGAUCCGUCGACUGUUAGACCCGUACAUAUUCUGAAAAAAGCGCUUUAUAAAGUUAAAACAUCUUGGAUAGCUAACCCCGAUUAUCGGUCCUGCUGUGACCAAAUGAAAUCAAUAAGACAGGAUUUGACAGUGCAGGGUAUCCGGGAUUCUUUCACGGUUGAAGUCUAUGAAACACAUGCUCGGUUAGCUCUAGAGGCAGCAGACCACGAAGAAUUCAAUCAGUGUCAAACGCAGUUGAAGGCUCUCCAUCAUGAACUAGGCGGGAAGAACCUCCAAGAGUUUAUUGCCUACAGGAUCCUGUAUUACAUUUUCACGAAGAGUACCAUGGAUUUAAAUACCACUAUGGCUAGCCUGACUCCUACAGAAAAAUCCGACGAAUGUGUUGCACACGCCUUAGAGGUACGUUCAUCCUGGGCGUUGGCAAAUUUUCGACGUUUUUUCCGACUGUAUAAUCACGCUCCACGAAUGUCGUCCCAUUUAAUAAGCUGGUUUGCAGACAGGGAGAGAAAACUUGCAUUAAAGACACUCAUCAAGGCUUAUCGUCCAAAUAUUCCGGUGGAGUUGGUGACGACGCAACUUGGAUUUCCGACUCUGGACGCUUGGUACGACUUUUCAAAGGAGCUGCCUAUCGUCUAUUCUGAUGAUAGCAAAGCUCAAAUUGAUUGCAAAGCUAGCACUGUUAAUUUGACUGCCUGGUGAAAUGAAACGAUUAUUUAGUGCUUCCACUCACGUCAGCUCUUUUGAUCUGAGCAAGCCUUGUUGAAAGCAAGCUACAAUUUACUUCCUUAAUAACCAGCCGAAAUCCUCGGAAGCAAUUAAGACAUUUUCGGAUACAAAUGAGACGUUAACACUUUCAAUGUCUCAAAGCUAGUUCAUUUUCAUCUUUGGAAUUGAAAUGAUGUUGUCAGGAAGUCUGGGCUAUAAAUUUCAAAUAUCCUUUCAUCCGAAGGCUUUCACGAUUUUCCUGUCACAUAUUUACAUAUGAUCACCUCAUGAUUCUAUUCGAAACGAAUAGCUUGCAUCUAUUUAAAUUCGAUCGUUCAUGCCCUUAAAUGUGAUACUCGGGAGUGUCCAAAUUUCAUUUUCAUCUUUGUUGUCUAGGCUAAUUCGUUUUGCUUAAUACACUUUUCAUGUGUUACUCCCUA